AUGAAGCCACACGAAAACAACACUGUCAAGCAUACCCCACGAGAAAAGGAUGUCGAGGGCAACGCUGUCACCGGCGAAAUAAAGGAAAUAUGGACUACUGUAUUGAAUGCUAGUGUUUUCGAGUAUAGCACACGUGUGUGGUCGCGCAUAAAUCAAGAAGAUAUAUUUUUGACAACAUUCUACCAAGUAAACGCAGCGUGGCCCUUCUCUAUCAAGGCUCAAGUUGAACAGCGGGGCAUUAUAUUAGCGGUGGAGCGGCCGGCUGGCGGAAACCGAACAAAUAAAAGUCGUGCUUGGGCCAGUAAACUGGCGGAUGUUGAUUUUGGUUCCAUUCGCUUCGUUGUUGCCAACAGCUUUGAUGUGGUGCCAUUAAUACAGCCAUAUAUAGUAGAUUUCGCAACGGACGUGUACGUAUUCUGUCGAGAUGAUCUUACCCGUAUUCGACAAGAGAAACAUAUUCCCCGGCGAGUCACAGCUUGUUUGUUGAUGAGUGAAAUGAGUGAGCUGGUAGAACUAUAUAAGUCGGGCUUCGUAUGCUCACCGAACACGCUGCCUGGUGUGUCGGCGGAAUCGCCGCAGGGCCCCCUGUCGGACGCGCAGGCCGCUAGGUUCUUGGCGUCGCUGAAGAAUCUGGAGCCUGCAGACCAGCUGUCGGCGAUGUCUGAUGCCCUGCGCACUUUGAGUCUGCCGCGCUUCCCCCCCUUCGCGUUCGAGUCUGGCGCGAGCAACUUCAGCUGCAGACUGCAGGCUGCGGAGCUUCUUGCGGAGUACGGACACUCCGCGAUCCAUCACCCCGAUUACCGGCGGAAUUUACACAUGGAACUACGUCGUCUGGCUUCCCUCAGCCCGACGGACCCACAGUCCCUGGGCCCACAGUCCCUGGACCGGCCUGGCAGCAACCAGCCACCUUCAGACGGCCAGUCCAGUGACUUGCGGGCGUGCCUGGCCCCGAAUUUGACCCCGGAACUCCGCCGCGCCCUUCAGGGACCCCUGUGUCCGAUAGUCUUCCCGUUUGUGGUAUGCGGUAGUGGUUUUAAGAGUCCUCGGAUUCUUCUUUACGAAGCCAGCGCAACUCCCCCCCAUCUCUCGCUUGCCCCCCCAUCACUAGGGACGUUCUCAUUGGAGCCAAAGCUUCCCUCAGAGGCUGGGGUGCAUUUACCAAAGAACUGGUUGGACGAGGCGUUUGGCCGCGAUCCGCGUCGGUUGUUACUGAUUGUGCGUCUCAGCGAGGUCUUCGGACGUCACGUGGGUGAGUCGGAAGCGAAUUUGCGCAAUACGUUCGGUCUGGCCGAGACGCUCGGUCGCAGAUAUGAGUCUGUGGUCGUGCUCCUUGAGAAUCUAGAGCUCUUCGCUAAACGAGACAAUUCUUCCAUGCUCGAACGCAACCUUGUUACCAGCCUACUCGUCUCCCUCGAUGGCAUACAGACCACCAGUGCCCAUGUCGGCUACAUCGGCAUCAGCCGGACACAUCCCGCCAACCUUGACGAAGCAAUCACCCGACCAGGACGUUUCAACCAGUGGAUACCCAUCUGCCACGCCUGA